AUGGCUCAGCGACGACGCUCCGUCCCCGCCGGGCCCCUGCCGACACGCAGCCCAGGGGCCGCCAUUGUGUCCUCGGACAUGGUCAUCGUGGCCCCGACGUCUUCAUCGUCGACGCCGACAGCGGCCCAGCAACAGCCGCGCGCCGCCGCCGACCCGGGGCUGCUGGCCCGGGCCGACGCCCUGGCCAAGAUGACGGUGGAGCUCAACCUGCGCGCCGUCAGCGCCCAGGCCGAGCGCCUCGAGCAGGAGCUCCGCGAGCUGGUGGUGUGCACCGGCCAGGACAAGGAGUUCCGCAGGGCCCACGAGCAGCGCGUCACCGACGUCUGGCGCGAGAUUGUGGCCGUCAGGACGCAGAUGGACCAGUGCAGGGACCGCCAGGCUGACUUCAAGGUCGAGUUUGAGAGGUGCCGCCGCGAGACGGACGACCUCCGCCAGCAGGUCCGGCGCGAGGUCAGCGGCCUGCGGGACUUGAUUGACGCCAUGGCCAGCCAGCUCGAUUCCUUUCCUGCAACGGCCGAGCUGGACGGCGAGUACUUGGCGGGCAGCAUCCGCACAGAUGGAACCCAGGAUACUCUCGAGCCGGACACGGCGUCAACGGCGCGGACAGGGCCAGCAACAGAGCGCACUCCGACGUUGAUCAAGGAGCUAACCGGGGACACAUCGACGGCAGACUGCAUCAGGCAGACCCCAAGGCGCCGCAUUCAAGAAGCCAUCAGCUCAACCCGCCGCUGGCACCGCGAUCACAAGACCACGACUCUCGCCGACGCCGACUUUGUCGCAAACUACCUCAAGCAGCAGUCCAAGCGCGACCCCGCCGUGGCCGUCUUGAUCCAAAAAGCCAUACAGAGGCACAUGCACCAGCAGCACCAGCACCAGCACCAGCAGAGCGGCCGACGGCCCCGUACAGGCUCUCGGCCCAGGUCGCUCGAGGACUUUUGCCGCGACGUGACGUGGAGAGACGUGAUUGAGACGGUCGAGGUGGUCCUGGUCAGGGGCCGGGACAAGGCUGCCGAGGCGCUGCGCCAGCAGGCGGGGCUAUCCGCGAAGGCAUGGAGCCACCCAAACGGCCCUCGCUGA